UCUGGUAAACGCUCGCUCCCGCUGCCCUCGGCCUCGACUGAAGAUGGGCAGGCAAAGAGACUUCGAGCGGCUGCUAUCGCUCAGCAGGAUCGCAGUCUCUUUGCUUCCACUUAUGGAUAUGACGUUGGCGAGGGUUCUUCGUCUUCCUUUCAGAUGAGCAUGUCUAUUCCCGGUCUCAUGGGGCGUUUUGAUCCCCAAGUUGCCUAUAUCGCCGUAUGUCGUGUGCUAACAAACUCAGCCCAAGCCCAAGCAACUGUGCCGCUCAUGACAGAGACGGCAGCGGCUGCCUCGUCGUCUCGAGCUCAGGCAAACAGACGUCGAUCAGCGUCUUGUCAUGCCCUCCGCACAGACAGCUGCUCUCUCGGCGACCUUGGCCUGGCCAUCCCUUCUGGCCUCACCGCAGCCGAGCAGUCCCGCCGCAAAGAUGCCCUCCAAUCCGAGAUUGACUUCCACAAGAACAACCCGCCGAUUCUGCCGCCGUCCAAGGUCGAAGACUUGCCUCCCAAGCCGUUCAUCGAGGACUUCCUCAGGAUCCCCGAGGACAUCACCGAGGAGGAGCGCCGCGACAUAGAAGACCAGAACAACAGGAUCGCGGCGCAGCACCAGCUCAUCGACCGCCAGCGCAACAACCAGGCGGCCAAGAAGUCGCGCCAGGCGCGCCUCGAGUCGCUCUGGAACACGCGCGAGCUGCUCAACGCCAAGUCGGCCGAGUGCUUCUGGUUUCGGAUGAAGGUCAUUGCUCUGGGGGGCAGCACUGAGGAGUGGGAUCAGGUGACGGCCAGCGUCAAGGCGCGCCUCGUCAAGGAGAUUGACUCCCGGGUUAAGGACAGCGAGAAGCAGGCCGCGGACGCGAAGAAGGCCGAGGAGGCCAAGAAGCGGGCGGAGCGCAACAAGCGCCGCGCCGAGGUCAGGAGCCGCGAGGAGGAG